CCCCACGUUCAUGCCUUGCGGCCUGAUGCCGUCAGCCCCAGAGAGCUCCACAUAUGCUGUCUCUUCCCCUCACCUCUGGAUUUCUAUCGACUUCCUUCUUCCAACUACUUCGCCAUCCGCAGCAGCAUCACUUCUGAGCAAACGAAGUUUAAAAGGACCCCAGACGCUCUCCUAACCUACUUUCGAUCCCUUAACACCCAUUCCGCAAAUCCACACAGCCGAUCAGCGAGACACUACUACAGUCGUCCGUCGCUACACCUUUCGCCCCUCAAACACAAACCUUCUCCCACGUUCACCCCGUAAACUUCGAGUUUAUGUCAGGCGAAACUGAAAUCCAGAAUCUCAAGAUCCGCGACCCCUUCGCCGAAGCCGACGAGGACUCGGGGCAGACUGUUCAAACCCAAGAGUAUAUUCAUAUUCGCAUCCAACAGCGUAAUGGACGCAAGACCUUGACCACCGUGCAAGGUAUCCCUAAAAAGUACGAUCUCAAGAAGAUCCUCAAGGUCAUUAAGAAGGAUUUCGCCUGCAAUGGCACCAUCAUCAGUGACACCGACUCCAAGGGCAUGGGAGAGGUGAUCCAGCUCCAGGGCGACCAUCGGGCCAAGAUCAGAGAGUUUCUUAUCGACGCAGAGGCGGGUCUGGGUCUCGACGAGAAGACCAUCAAGGUUCACGGCUUCUAAACGGGCCUGUCUGCUGUGCCGCAAUCCAGCGGCCCGGACUCCUUGGGAGAGACAUCCGGUGCGGGGUUCACAUCACUAAGAGUUGGGACUCGGUAUAUCUGGGCGACUAAGGCUCUGUCCGACCAGGUCGCGCGGCACACAUUCAUGAUAACCGGAAGCUGGAAGAAGGACUUCCUCUUUCCCUGAGCGAGAGCACGUCGAGGCUUUCAUGUCUGGUGUUACGGACGGACCAUUUGCUUAUCAUCAGUCCGUCGGCUCUAGUUGAUAGGACGACUGCAGCCUGCAUGCCCCUCGUUUGAGUGUCUGCAGGUUACGUAGUUUUGAGGCAAUGGAUUG